UUUACUGGAAUUGACUUGGCAGUGCAUAAUUAUGAAUAAUGCAGCCUAAUCAGGCUGUUGCUAUUAGAAUUUAGCUUGAGGUGCCAUGCUUUUGCAAACCUAACUAAGGAGAAAAUGAAUGAGAGUAGUUAUGCUUUUCGGGAUGUUGCAAUGGUUGGAAUUCUUCAGGCCAUGGUUGCUGUGGUACUGCUGUGGGAGAACGCCUUGAUGGAUGAGUAGUACCAUUCAGUAAUGGGCUGUGGGACCAGCAAAGUACUUCCUGAGCCUCCCAAGAAUGUCCAUUUGGAUCUUGUUAAAAAGGUCGAGCCAUCCAGUGGUUAUAAAACAGAUGUAUGUAAGCUCUUCAUCAAGGGUGAUGGAGAUGGCAUUAAAUCUGCCAUCCCAUCUCCUCCCUGUUACACCAGUCCACAUGUGGAACAGUCAGAACCUCGCAAGAACAGGGUGGCAAAGUAUCGUGCCAAAUUUGAUCCCAGAGUGACAGCCAAGUAUGACAUCAAAGCUCUGAUUGGGCGAGGCAGCUUUAGCCGUGUGGUGCGGGUAGAGCACAAGGCCACCAAGCAGCCAUACGCAAUCAAACUGAUAGAGACCAAGUACCAUGAGGGGAGAGAAGUGUGCGAAUCAGAGCUAUGUGUUUUGCGUCGUGUGCGACACACUAAUAUCAUCCAACUCAUUGAAGUGUUUGAGACUCAGGAGCGUGUCUACAUGGUGAUGGAAUUGGCCACUGGUGGUGAACUGUUUGAUCGGAUUAUUGCCAAAGGCUCCUUCACAGAAAGAGAUGCUACCCGGGUUCUGCAGAUGGUAUUGGACGGGGUUAAAUAUUUACAUACAUUGGGCAUAACUCACAGGGACUUAAAACCAGAGAAUUUGUUGUAUUACCACCCAGGCAUGGAUUCUAAAAUAAUGAUCACAGAUUUUGGUCUGGCAAGUGCUCGGAAGAAGGGAGAUGACUGCUUAAUGAAGACUACCUGUGGAACCCCAGAAUAUAUUGCUCCAGAGAUCUUGGUCAGAAAGCCUUACACUAACUCUGUGGACAUGUGGGCACUUGGUGUGAUCUCAUACAUCCUGCUGAGUGGGACAAUGCCGUUUGAGGAUGAAAAUCGCACCCGUUUAUACAGGCAAAUUCUGAAAGGAAAGUACAGUUACUCAGGGGAGCCAUGGCCCAGUGUUUCUAACCUUGCCAAGGAUUUCAUCGAUCGUUUGCUCACAGUGGACCCAAGUGACCGGAUGACAGCGCUCCAAGCCUUGAAGCACCCCUGGGUGGUUAGCAUGGCAGCCUCUUCUUCCAUGAAGAACCUGCACCGCUCCAUCUCUCAGAACCUGCUCAAGAGGGCAUCCUCUCGUUGCCAAAGCACCAAAUCUGCCCAGUCCACGCGGUCCAGCCGCUCCACCAAAUCCAACAAGUCCCGGAGAGUGCGGGAGCGGGAGUUGCGAGAACUGAACCUGCGUUACCAGCAGCAGUACAAUGGCUGACAGCUAGGCAGGAAGCGGCCUGCUGCCCUGUUCUUUCUUUUGUUGUUGGACGUGGUCUGCACUGCGUUGUUGUAAGCGGGGUGGGGGUUGUGUCUGGCACUCAGCUGCCCUUGUUGUCCAUCAGAGACCCACCUCCAUCUCCACUGUUGUGAAGCAAAUGGAGCUGGUAUGAGGUAUUUUUCCUGGGGAGGGUCACUUACAGUAUCUACACCAAGAUCUUAAAAAUCUCUCUUGGUCCUGCUCUGGGAAAGAUUCAGCACAUGUUGCUUGAAAUACUGGAGCCAGAGAGAAUAAGAGAGACCUUGCAAACCUGAGAAUCUUUGCUGCUUCUCUCUGUUUAGUGACUUGAAGCAGAUGAAAGCUGCAGGAUAUGGUGGAUGAGCAACGUGGAAGUUCAGUUCUGUAUGCACUUACUUGAAAGUAAGCCUCAUUGAAUUCAGUUGGACUUAUUUUUGAGUGGGCAUGGGUACGAGUGUGCUGUUGCUCUUGAUGGGCUCAUUAUCAAAUACCAUUUUGAGUGUGACUAGGGCAUUUCUGGAUACACAAAGAAACGGCCAACUUUCCCUGUCACCUCUAGCCUCUUGCACUGUAUUAAGCUAACAUUACCCAAAGCUUCUAGUAGCACUAUGAAACAUCAGUUUGUGGAGGCACAAGGAAUCUGACAGCUUGUGUAUGUCUUUGGGGAUCCUGGCUAAUUUGUCUUCAAAAUGGUUUUCGUUUUUAUUCAGUCUUACACUUCAUGGCAGUUUUCCACCAUCUAUCUGUAAGAGAGCCAUUGUUUGAGUUUGAUGGGAGAAAAUAAAGAUUGUCAAUUGUCA